UCUUUCCACGCUGAAUCGCCAUUCUCUCUGUUGUCCUUACCCUGGUAUGCAACGACAAAUGCUCCAAAAAUUUUCUAUUAUGAUGUCACUUCAAUAAGUUUUGUGUCGAUCAAGAACGUCACUGUUACGUACAACAUUACAUGGAAUACUUGCUGUAGUUUGAGGGCGGAAAAUGUACAGCAUACCGAUAAUCGAUUUACCAGACGAGUCGGAUGAGGAGAGUGAAGAGACAGAAGAAGAAGUUAGCCAGACAUUGGAUGAAGGAGAAGAAGAUGAGAAUGAAACUGUGUAUGAGAUAACGCAUCGGGAUGCGAGCACGGCAACAGAUGAGGACGUUGACCAAAAGACAGAUGAGGAACGAACACAGGAUAAGAAAAAAACAAUUGGAAGUUCACUGAAAAGUGUUGCGGAACAAAUAGCCCAUCAGCACCGAAAACUCUUGAAUAAGCAUCAAAUACUACUGGGCAAACGACGAGCAACAUUGCAGAACAUCAACUUACUGCACGACAAACUCCUAAACAUAUGGAACGAGAAAAUGAAGAGCCAACACGAAUAUGGCUACCAGUAUCUACGUUCGAUUGAGAACAGCCAAACGACGUGGCAGUCUAAAAUAAAUGAUAGUUGUAAGCGCAGCGAUUUGGCUUCUUCAAACGGCCAUAAGCGGACGGGCGACGAGACAGUGGCACAAAUACACGGGAGAAGUUCAAAGCACGAGGUGGAAAGGUUAGGCAAGGAUUUACUGGAUUCCAGUGAAAAACGCUUGAAAACGUUGGAAGAAGUCGUGUCUUUGAUAAGUAAAGAACUAGAAGAAGCCAAACAAGAAUGUGGCUUGCUUGAUAAGGAGUUGGCUGACACGGUAAUUCAUCUGGAAGAAAAGGAAGUACUAUUAAAUAUUAUAAAUGAAAACGAAGAAACUGAAGUUGCAGAUGGGAAAAUCCAUUCAUGCGGAUUGCCAAUGCAAUCGAAUGGAAGUAAUAGAAAAAAGAUUACUCAUUAUUCACAUUCACAACCUUACACUUUCAAAUCCGAAAGAGAAAUAACAGAAUUUGUUGUCGAAAAAAGAUCUACUACUGUUUAUCCAACUUUCUUAAACAAUUCAGGGAACAACAACCAGAAGGAAGUAUCUUCAUUAUCAACUAAUGGUCACCGUAGUUCUCACAGUACUGCAUCACGCUCAUUUCCAGCUGACCAAAGUUGUUUUGGAGACAAUGCGUCAUCGAGGAGCUCCGAGGCCGAGUCAACGGAUAAUAACCUCACUUUAACGCCGAAAUACCGAUACUCUUAUUUCUAUGGGGCAGGUAACAGACAGUCAUCUUCAUCAACCGCCAUCUCACUCAACCAUGCAUCCGAGCCACCUAAGAAACGUGGUCGUCCCAGGAAGCUACCUGAUAUUGCGCGGCUUCUUCCCGCAGAUGUAAGCGAGCCUUGUAAGAAAAAACGUGGUCGUCCGAGAAAGUAUUUAAAACUUGAGUUGGCAAGAAUAUCUUCUACAGUCUAAAUACCAAGGAAACAAUUAUAUAGAUGUAGAUGCAACUAAAAUUUGCUUUUAGAAUCACAAACAAAUGUUAUGUUCUUUUUAUGGUUCUAACGAAGCAAAGUAAUUAAAUAAAGCCAGUUGUAUGAAGA